UCCCCAAGGGAAAGCAGUUAUUUUAGAUGUUACUAAGAAGUCAGCUAACAUUUUUCAACAUUUUCUUCUGUUCUUUGUUUUUAAAGAAAGCUCUGAUUUUCUUUCAUUUUCAACUGGAGACUUAAAUGACACCAAGCAAAGACUACUUAGUUUAGCUUUCCAGACAUUGGUUGGUGAAAAAAAAUCAAACAUGAAAUUUGCAUUUUUGUUUUGUUUUGUUCUUAUUUUUCAAACUGACUUUGGACAAAAUGAAAAAACUCCUAAGAAACAAAGGAGGAAAAUGUACCACAAAAGAUUGAGGAAAAGUUCUUUACUCAACCAUAGGUCAAACCAACAACUCGGAACUCAGCAAACCAUAACUGUUCCACCAGUAGCAAGACUGCCCAUGAUCAACUUUGAUUACAGUGUGGAGGAAAAGUUUGAAUCUUUUCUUAGUUUUCCUGGAGUAGAAUCAAGCUAUAAUGUGCUACCAGGAAAGAAGGGACAUUGCUUGGUAAAGGGCAUAACCAUGUACAACAAAGCUGUAUGGUCUCCUGAUCCCUGUAGUACCUGCCUCUGCUCAGAUGGAAGAGUGCUUUGUGAUAAAACCAUGUGCCAACCUCAGAUGUGCCCCUACACAGUUGUACCUGAUGGAGAAUGCUGCCCGGUCUGCUCUAAUGCUGUCUCCCAUUCCCCUCCCAAUGGUGCAACAUUAAAUGAUAGAACUGAAUUUUCUGGUGAUUCUUCAGAACAAACAGAAGCUACCGAUUUACUUCAUAAGCAACUGCCACCACCUCAGGUAGAGAUGGACCAAGUACACAAUAAAGAAACACUUCAAUCUGAGGAGGAUGAAGAAGCAAUUAAAGAAGAUAAAGAGCAUAAGAAAAAGACUUCUGAACCUAGAGAUCAGAGCAAACUUCACAGUGAGCAGAACAGGAGAGAGAGAAAGCUGAGGCCUGGGGAAGAGAAGUCAGUACAGCAAAGACUGCAUCCUGGAAGGGGAGAGGAAGAAGAGAAUCAAGAGAAAGCAGAGAAGGAAGAGGAAGAAGAGAAGGAGGAGGAGGAGGAGCAGGAGGAACAGGAGGAAGAUACCAUAAGAGGAGACGUAUUCCAAAUGCCUUCCCGAGUCCCCAUCCCUGCUCUUCCCAGAGGCAGGCCGCGCCUGCCCACGGGCUGCUCCCUCUCUUACAAGACCAUCAGCUGCAUCCAUGCCACCCUUACCCAGAUCCCACCGCUGACAGCACCAGAGAUAACAAGUCUGGAACUCAUAGAGAAUUCCAUUACCUCCAUUCCGGAUGAAGCAUUUAAUGGAUUACCAAAUUUGGAAAGGCUUGAUCUGAGCAAAAAUAAUAUCACCUCUUUGGGCAUAGGUCCCAAAGCAUUCAAGUUUCUGAAGAAGUUAAUGCGUCUGAAUAUGGAUGGAAAUAAUUUGGUACAGAUUCCUUCAGAAUUACCAUCGACAUUAGAAGAACUUAAAAUCAAUGAGAACAAUCUUCAGGCUAUUGAUGAAGAAAGUUUAUCAGACUUAAAUCAAUUGGUCACCUUAGAAUUGGAAGGAAACAAUCUCAGUGAAACCAAUGUCAAUCCUUUAGCUUUCAAACCCUUGAAGAACUUAUCCUAUCUACGCCUGGGAAGAAAUAAUUUUAGAAUUAUACCACAGGGUCUUCCUGAUUCUAUUGAGGAAUUAUACCUAGAAAAUAAUAAAAUUGAAGAAAUAACUGAAAUUUGUUUCAAUCAUACCAAAAAGAUAAAUGUGAUUGUACUACGUUACAAUAAGAUAGAAGAAAGUAGGAUUGCUCCUUUAGCCUGGAUAAAUCAAGAAAACCUAGAAUCCAUUGACCUCUCCUACAACAAGCUAUACCAUGUCCCCUCCUACCUACCCAAGUCAUUGCUGCACCUUGUACUCGUGGGGAACCAGAUUGAACGGAUCCCUGGCUAUGUAUUUGGCCAUAUGGAGCCAGGCCUAGAAUACUUGUACCUGUCAUUCAACAGACUUUCUGAUGAUGGUGUGGACCGAGUCUCAUUCUACGGGGCCUAUCAUUCUCUGAGAGAGUUAUUUCUGGAUCACAAUGAUUUAAAAUCUAUACCACCUGGGAUACAAGAAAUGAAAGCACUACAUUUUCUGAGGCUGAACAACAAUAGGAUUCGGCAUAUUCUUCCAGAACAAAUUUGCAAUAUUGAAGAGGAUGAGGAUUCAACUCUGGAACAUCUUCAUCUUGAAAACAAUUAUAUCAAAACUAGAGAAAUAUCAUCCUAUGCAUUUUUAUGUAUAAGAUCAUAUUCAAGUAUUGUUCUUAGACCACAAAACAUCAAGUAAUACAAAAUUUUCUUUUGCCAUUU